GGUUCAAUUACAGAAUAACCCUUAAUCUAAAGUAUUUAUUUUUCAUACAAAAUUUUGAUUGUGAUUGGUCACUGUCUAUCGUUUGGCACUGAUGUGUAAUGCGAUAGAGACAUUAUAAUUGUGAAUCAGCCUGUAUUCUUAUUCUCGUGUAGUAUUUUCCCGCCAUUGGACUAAUAAAUAUCGUGUUAUUUUUUAUUAGCUGGACUUUGGCAGAUUUUGGAUUUUGAUUAUGGCACCUGCGCGAUUUGAAGAAUGGACUCCUGAACAUUUUCUGACAAAUCAGACGUCUUGUCAAUUGAUUUUGGAAGAUGCAGAAGCCUUACGAGAAAUUCCUUUAGUGAAUUCUGCUCCUUUGCAUAGUUUCAAGGAUGGAGAGCUAGUUCGCUUUCGAGGCAUGAUUCAGGAUAUGUAUAAUCCUGAAUACUAUUUUGAGAAUUAUGAAGUCAGAAAUUCUCAAACCGGGGAAUGUCAGAUUCGAUGUGGAACUUAUAAAGAUACAGCAUACUGUUUGCCUCAUGAAGAGAUUAUCAUUGAUUCGAAGAAGAAUAGAAGCUCAGAACGUCAGACCUGUGUUGUUAUCUCUAUUCCUGGAUUAAAUGAAUGGGCAAAAGAAAAGUGUAUUAAAACCAAUUUAAAUUUACCAGAAGUGUCCCAUACAUCUUUUAAAAGAACUCUUGAGCAAUCUGUUGAAGAAAUGGAUUGUUCCGAACCAAUUAGAAAAAAGGAGAAAAUGAUGGAAAACAGUGAAAAUGAAAACACCAAUACCCAAGAAAGAAAUAAUAUAAAUACACUAUCAAAAGAACAUAUAAUGAAUUUCCCAAUUCCUAUUGAUGAUGGUAAAGCAUGCAUCGUAAAGGUUAUUAAAAUUUAUGAAGAUGCCACGUCAUACAAACUAAAUCAAAUUCUGGAAAUUGUUGGCUUCAUAUCACUUGAUCCUGCCUUAAGUCUUAUUCAUGACUCUGAAGAUGCAAUGGAUGAUUCUGAAGUACAGAUUCAUAAUCCACCUACUUCCUUGGUACCUCGCUUACAUGCUGUAAAAAUCACAUCUCUUACAAGACAUCAUGUAGAUUCCUGUCCACAAAUCGUAUCGCGGGCCGAACAAAUUAGAGCAGAAUUACAUAUGAUACUCAGCCAAAUAUUAUUUGGUGACACAUUGGCUGCAGAUUAUCUUAUUUGCCAUUUAAUAUCCUCCAUCUACUUGAGAAAAGAUGCGCUGUGCUUGGGUUCGUUUCCUAUAAACAUUACAAAUUUUUCUUUUGGAAAGUUUAGGACAUUCCCAAAAGAUUUAUACGAAAUUUUGUCUCUUCUUGUACCCAAGAGUCACUAUUUGGAAUGCAGUCUUGAAGCAUUGAAUGACAUGUGUCUCAUCCCAAAGAAGGACUAUGACUGUAACAGAUUAACCAGCGGCAUAUUACAAUUGAGUAACAACACGCAUCUGGUAAUAGAUGAAACACAAUUAUCAAGCGGUCGUGUAUCCGCUAACGGCCGUAAAAACUAUGAGGCUAUUGGUGAUUUGGUGAAGUUUCAAAAGGUUUCCUACGAUUUUACAUACUAUCCAAUGGAAUUUGAAACAGACAUCCCGGUGUUAAUUUUGUCCGAAGUGAAGUCCUUCAUACCUUGUGUGAUUCAAGUCAUCGUGAAACCCGAUGAGGAUACAGAAAAUCUUUAUCCCCAAGUCGUACAGGCAGCCAAACAAUACUUAAAGGAUGACAAGCGGUUGAAUGAUAUUCGUCAAUAUUUAGAAAGCAUGAGGCACUCAGAUUUUCAGUUUAACGAUGAAAUAGUUGACACAAUCCAAGAGGAUUUUGUGAAGAUGCGACAAUCGGAUCAAAAUAUAAACGCUGACAAUUUACACUCUCUCAUGGUUUUAGCUAGGCUAAUGUCUUUAUCUCAUGGAACGAAUACGUUAACUAAAGAUUAUUGGAAACAGUCCAUGGAUAUGGAGUCAAGAAGAUUAGAGAGGCUUCCGCGUCGAGAAAAGUGAAUUCUUAGGAAUCACAUUAUACAUAAUCAUAUUAUUACGUUUUGAUAAUAAAACCAUAUAAAAUAUA